AUGGCCGCUGAUAUUCUGCACUCUGACCUUCCUGGUACGAGGGCACCUCCCCUCAAGACUUGGCCUCCUGGUGGUUCAGGCUCCGGUGUAGAACUGGAUAUCAUGAGUUACCUGGAUUCUCUGGCAGAGGACAACAGCACAGCAGAGCGCUGCUACAGUACCCACUCACACAACAGUGUACUGCAGGGCUUACCCUUUGGAGGAGUGCCCACUGUCCUUGCUAUCAAUGUUGUCAUGUGGCUGUUUCUGUUGCUCAUCUUUUCCUGUCUGCGCAAGGCAGCAUGGGACUAUGGCCGUCUCGCUCUGCUGAUGGAAAAUGACAGUUUAACGUCCCUGUUCUAUGGGGAACAGAGUGAAAAGGAGAAGUCUCCAUCUGAAUCCAGUCCCUCUGACUCAGAGACUAAAGACACGGGUUUCUGUUCCUGGCUUUCAUCCCUCUACCACAUGAAGGAUGAGGAGAUCCGCAGUAAAUGUGGCAUCGACGCUGUAACCUACCUGUCUUUCCAGCGACACAUCAUUCUGCUAAUGACUGUCGUCUGUCUGCUCUCUCUCACCAUCAUUCUGCCUGUCAACUUCUCGGGAAAGCUGCUAGGGGACAGCCCCCAGAAUUUUGGUCGAACAACAGUGGUCAAUGUUCCAGCACAGGAUAGUUUUCUGUGGUUGCACAGUAUCUUUGCUCUGCUGUAUUUUGUACUGACUGUGCUGUGUAUGGCCCAUCACUCAUCACGGCUGGAAUACAGAGAAGACGAGAAGGUUGCCAGGACUCUAAUGAUCACUUGCAUUCCCAGGGAGAUCUCAGAUCCGGGGUUGAUCACCAAACACAUUCAUGAGGCCUAUCCCAGUUCUACUGUCACAGAUAUUCGCUUCUGCUUUGAUGUGCACAAACUGAUGAAGCUGGAUUCAGAGAGACGAAAGGCCAUGAAAGGAAGACUGUAUUUUGCUACAAAAGCCCAGAAAGAUGGAAAGAUCAUGAUUAAGACUCACCCGUGUGCACAGAUCUUCUGCUGUGAUGUGUGUGGCUUUGAACAGGUGGAUGCUGAGCAGUACUAUAGUGAACUAGAGGAGAAGUUGACAGAUGAGUUCAAUGCAGAAAAGAACCGUAUCUCUAUGAAGAGACUGGGCAUUGCCUUUGUGACUUUCAGAGAUGAGAGGAUGACUUCAGUAAUCGUUAAAGACUAUAGAAGAGCCCAUUGCCGGCGACGACCCCAGCAGUCCAGCAUCACCACAGUUGUUCGAUCCCACCAGUGGGGUGUUAGAUAUGCCCCUGCACCCAAUGACAUUAUCUGGGAAAACCUCUCUUUAUGUGGGUCUCGUUGGUGGCUCCGCUGCAUCCUGCUUAACAUUCUCCUCUUCCUCCUGCUCUUCUUCCUCACCACCCCCGCCAUCAUUGUGAAUACAAUGGACAAGUUUAAUGUCACUCGACCAGUGGAGAGCCUCAAGAAUCCAGUGAUCACUCAGUUCCUCCCCACUCUCCUAUUAUGGGCUUUCUCUGUGCUCCUUCCAUUUAUUGUCUACUACUCAGCCUUCUUCGAGUCUCAUUGGACCAGGUCAAGUCAGAAUCAGAUCACUAUGCAUAAAUGCUUCUUACUGCUGGUCUUUAUGGUCAUCAUUCUGCCUUCUCUUGGUCUGUCCAGUUUGGAUUUGUUCUUCAGAUGGCUGUUUGACAUCCACUUUUUAGAUGAAAGAGAUAUCAAAUUUCAAUGUGUAUUUUUACCCGAUAACGGUGCAUUCUUUGUGAAUUACGUGAUUACAUCCAGUCUGAUUGGCACGGCCAUGGAGCUUCUGCGAAUCCCUGCCCUAGUGGUGUAUGCUCUGAGACUCUGCUUCGCCAAGUCUAAGGCUGAGCGAAUUCAUGUCAAACGGAGUCAAGCCUAUGAGUUCCAGUUUGGCCUGGAGUACGCUUGGACCAUGUGUAUCUUCUCAGUCAGCAUGGCUUAUAGCAUUACCUGCCCAAUCAUCGUCCCUUUCGGACUUGUUUACCUUAUUCUCAAGCACAUGGUCGAUCGGUACAACAUCUAUUACGCCUACAUCCCAACCAAGCUUAGCCAGCGCAUCCACUCUGCUGCCAUCAGCCAGGUGGUGGUGGCACCCAUCCUCUGCAUGUUCUGGCUUCUCUUUUUCUCAGUCCUCAGGCUUGGUCCAACACGACCCAUCACUUUGUUCACCUUUGUAUCUCUGCUUUCCUGUAUCGUCUUCUCCUGCUUUGGCCUGUGUCUGAAAAAAUUACAGCCUGACAAAUCCACAAGUUAUCAGAUGUCAGACCAGCCAACAGAAGGAGUCUUCAGUGACACAGAGAGAAGCACAGCAUCAGCCUCCACCACCUCUAAUCUCUUCGUAGCAUCUGUCCUCCUGGAGCCCGAGCUUGGUUUGACCCCCAUGCCCUCGCCUGCUCACCAGAGUUACGGCGCCAUGGGCAACUGCCAAAGCUCUGUGCAUGGUGAGGAUGAGGAAGAUGAGGAAGAGGACUUGGUGGAAACCCUUGAAACGGAACUCCAAGACAGCCAGGAGCCUAGCUGCUCGAGCCCGUUCUUGGACAGCCCAGUGGGCUACCAGUAA